AUACCGACUGCGACCGCACAUUCGUAUCAGAGUGGGUCGGCAGAAGAUAAUACACUUCCGCGGCAGCAACUCGAAUUUUAGAUUUUCCUAAAUAAUUCAAAACAUUUCCUAUUCAAGAUGCCAAGCAAAGCAGUUUGUGUGAUCAACGGCGACGCCAAGGGAACCAUCUUCUUCGAGCAGGAGGCUGAUGGAGCCCCAGUGAAGGUAACCGGCGAGAUUACUGGACUCAAAGCUGGAAAGCAUGGAUUCCACGUCCAUGAAUUCGGAGACAACACAAACGGCUGCACCUCUGCGGGAGCUCACUUCAACCCAUUGGGCAAGGAGCACGGAGCACCAGAUGCCGCCGUUCGUCACGUUGGAGAUCUCGGAAACGUAGAGGCCGGCAGCGACGGAAAGGCUAAGGUGUCCAUCACUGACAAAAUCAUCUCUUUGCAAGGAGCAAACAACAUCAUCGGCCGCACAUUGGUUGUGCACGAAGACGUUGAUGACUUGGGCUUGGGAGGCCACGAACUGAGCAAGACCACCGGAAACGCCGGCGCUCGUCUUGGAUGUGGCGUGAUUGGCAUUUGCAAGUCAUAGAUUUGCUGCUCUCCUAAUGGGAUACUUUUUUAUAUUUGAGUUGUUUGGUGUUAAGGAACGUAAUAAAUUAAUGGAGUUGAAUUCCAAUAAAGUCGUCUAACCUUA